UGUUCACGUCAGACUUUCAACCCACGUCUCUUCUAUUUCAUCUUUUAGCUUUCCAUGCAACUCCAAACACCUACAAGCGCAAGAACCUGGAGAACCAGGUGGACACCAAACCCUGCGGCAUCGCGUGCUACAUGUACCUGGUGCAGGACGGGGUGGUGAGCGAGUACCCCGUGGGCGUGGUCGACGAGCGGGCCAAGACGCCCUCCAAGCGCCCGGUGGGCCGCCGCCGCGGACGAGUGCCGAACAGCAACAGCCGACCCGGCACGCCGUCCGUUUCCUCGGAAACCAAAGACACGGACAGCGACCGCGAGGGCAGCAAAGACGACGACAGAGACAACGACAAAGACGAAGACAACGACGAAGACAACGACGAAGACAAGGACGACGACAGAGACAACGACGACAAGAAGGACGAGAACACCAGCAGCUCAGGUACAAACGCUCGCUCGUUAU